AUGGAGCGAUUACGUGGCGAUAGUCUUCAAGCGGAAGAAAUAGAAUACUCAUCUUUAAGACAUGCUGAUAAUUUCUUCAGAGUGGAAAAUGAACAAAAUAGGGAACGAAUGGCUAUUAACAGAAAAAAUGAUAAAAACUAUAAAAAUAAUGAAAAAAGAACACUCCGUACAGAUGAUGCAUUUAAGCAACUAGAAAGUAAUAAAGAUAUUAAACGUAAUAGACAACUCCGUCAAGAUGAUGCAUAUAAGCGAUUAGAAAGUAAUAAAAAUAUUGAACGUAAUAGACAACUCCGUCAGAAUGAUGCAUAUAAGCAACUAGAAAGUAAUAAAAAUAUUGAACAUUUACAAGAUGAUGCAUAUAAGCAAUUACAAACUAAUAAAAAUAUUGAAAGUAUGAGAGAACUCCAUCAAGAUUAUGCAUAUAAGCAAAGUAUUAAAAAUAUUGAUCGUACUAGAACACUCUGUCAAGAUGAUGCAUUUAAGCAAUUAGAAAGUAAUAAAAAUAUUGAAAGUAAGAGAGAACUCCGUCAAGAUGAUGCAUUUAAGCAAUUAGAAAGUAAUAAAAAUAUUGAAAAAAGUAAUAAAAAUAUUGAAAGUAAGAGAGAACUCCGUCAAGAUGAUGCAUUUAAGCAAUUAGAAAGUAAUAAAAAUAUUGAACGUAAUAGACAACUCCGUCAGGAUGAUGCAUAUAAGCAACUAGAAAAAAGUAAUAAAAAUAUUGAACGUAAUAGACAACUCCGUCAAGAUGAUGCAUAUAAGCAAUUAGAAAGUAAUAAAAAUAUUGAACGUAAUAGACAACUCCGUCAAGAUGAGGCAUAUAAGCAAUCAGAAAGUAAUAAAAAUAUUGAACGUAAUAGACAACUCCGUCAAGAUGAUGCAUAUAAGCAAUUAGAAAGUAAUAAAAAUAUUGAACGUAAUAGAGAACUCCGCCAAGAUGAUGCAUAUAAGCAAUUAGAAAGUAAUAAAAAUAUUGAACGUAAUAGAAAACUCCGUCAGGAUGAUGCAUAUAGGCAAUUAGAAAGUAAUAAAAAUAUUGAACGUAAUAGACAACUCCGUCAAGAUGAUGCAUAUAAGCAAUUAGAAAGUAAUAAAAAUAUUGAACGUAAUAGACAACUCCGUCAAGAUGAUGCAUAUAAGCAAUCAGAAAGUAAUAAAAAUAUUGAACGUAAUAGACAACUCCGUCAAGAUGAUGCAUAUAAGCAAUUAGAAAGUAAUAAAAAUAUUGAACGUAAUAGAGAACUCCGCCAAGAUGAUGCAUAUAAGCAAUUAGAAAGUAAUAAAAAUAUUGAACGUAAUAGAAAACUCCGUCAGGAUGAUGCAUAUAAGCAAUUAGAAAAAAGUAUUAGAAAUAUUGAUCGUGUUAGAACACUCCGUCAGGAUGAUGCAUUUAACCAAUUAGGAAGUAAUAAACAUAUUGAACGUAAUAGAGAACUUCGUCAAGAUGAUAGGUAUAAAUCGAAAGAGCGUAAACAUAAUAUUUUACGAAAUAAAUUAUUACGACUAAAUAGUAGGUAUAAAUCAAGCGAGAACGUUAAAAACAUCAAGAGCAUGAGAAUAAAUCGAGAUCUUGUCGAAGAUGAAUUAACUAAACCAACCACUCAUAACGAUGAUGACUCUGUUCCUAAUUCACUAACAUAUUCCGAAGUUGAACAAAUUCCACCAAUUGAUUGCAGCCAAAUUAAUAAUGAGGAGGUAUUACUUAGCUGCAAUUAA